AUGGCUAAUGGUUCAGAUCUGGAUUCACAGCUUUGGUUUGCCUGUUUAGAUGGUGAUGUGGAGAAAGCCAAACAACUAAUAAAAGAUGGUGCUGAUAUUGAAUGGAAAGGACAGUGGCCCUGCUCAGGACUCAGGUCUCAUAUUACUGAUAUAGACCUCGAAGGUAUGGCCUCUAUUGGAGGGACCUCCUAUACUUUAUGUAGGAUUGGUAGUCAUUCUCCAUUGUCUAUUGCUGCCUAUAAUAGCAAGACAGAGGUUGUCAGAUUACUGUUGAGUUCUGGUGCAAAUGUUGAUGCUGUUGAUGAACAUAAUAGGUCAGCUUUAUUUUGGAGUGCGUUUCAUGGAAGCAUGACAAUGACAAAGGUUCUUCUUGACUAUGAAGCUGAUAUGAAUCUUCUAACAAAAAAAAGUAGAUCUACUGUACUAAUGGGUGCUACUAGUACAGGAAGGCUGGAUAUUGUGAAGUUACUUGUUAGUAGAGGAGCUAGUUGGAAGGUCGCCAAUGAGGAUGGACUGACAGCUUUAGACAUUGCAAAGAAAGAUAAUCAUGAGCAUCUAAUUCAGUAUCUCUCAAGUUUAGAUGAUUCAGAGUCCCAGAUGAGGAAAGCUCUUACGACGGACAUUAAGAUUAAAUUAAAGAUCACGCGUAUGUCAAUUCAUGGAGCACCAGGCAGUGGAAAGACAUGUCUCCAGCAUCUCAUACUAAACGAGCCUCCUCCUCUCCAAAGAUCAAGCACUGGUGUAGUGACACCAGCUGUAAGAGGAUCCACCUGUGGAUACAUGGAGACUGACAGCUCUCACUCAAUGAAGAGAGUCAGCGAGGAAGAGUUCAUCACCCACUUAGCUAAGAGGUUGAAAGGAAAGGAAGACGCACCGAGCUCCAAGCAGCGUUCAUCAACAUACCCCCCCUCUACUCCUCCUCCUACUCCUCCUUCUCGUCUGUCUUCUUUACAAAGAGCCUUUACGUCUUUCCUUAGUCGUACCUCAUCAGAAAGUUCUGAUGCUUCCUCUCCUUUGCCUGAUUCACCUCUACCUACUCAUUCUGUUCAUUAUGAUAUCAUAUCACAAAUAUCAACAGAGUCCUGCUCUGAAGAAGAUUAUCGAGCUCACUGGACACUCUGUAUCGAUUCUGGUGGUCAGGCUGCUUAUCAAGAUAUUGCUCCACCUUUCUUGCGUCUGAACUCACUCAAUAUAAUCACUUUAAG